CCACCAGAGGCGCUCUACGUCAUGUGAGCGCGUUGCAUCGCACAUAUGAUCGUUAAACAUGCCUGAGUUCGUUGUUGAAAGUGUAUUUCCGAAAAAUCGACGUGAGGAAGGAUGCUACCGGCAUACGCAUACGAGUAUUAUGUUAUGCACUGGCCAAAAACCUCUCACGUGAACGUCAAGCGGAAGGAUGCGACAAACAACACUAUGACACCGAAUCGCCUCGUGUCCUUCGUCUUCAUCUCCGGGAUCGUGGUUGCUAUUGUUGGCACAUUACUGUUGCAGUACAUAUUCAAUUGGUCCACUAAUUUUCCAAAGCAAGAGUUUCAUCAUGUAUUUAUACCACUUCCUCCGGAUGACAUAUCAAAUAAGGAGUACACUCUCAGUGUUGCAUUGGGCAACACAGAACUUGAUAAACUGCUGGUUCGAAAUACUGAGACGUCCACAGCAGAGGCACUGACGUCCUUGCAUUUAGCUAUAGAGAUGAAAUCAUCCGGCAAGCAAAAGAAAGCUAUAAAAUUAUUUCAACAUGCAAUGGCAUUGGCACCGCAUCAUCCAGAUGUUUUAAAUCAUUAUGGAGAAUUUUUAGAGCAUACUCAAAAUAAUGUGAUUAAAGCUAAUGAAUUUUAUGUACGUGCUUUAACUUAUGAACCGAACCAUGAAAGUGCUUUAAUAAAUAGUCAAAGGACAGCCCGUGUAGUUGAAGAACUAGACAGAAGAAUGCUCAGACGCAUCGACGAAAAGAGGAACACGCUGUCCACGAUACCUGAUCAUAAUGCAGCACUGAUACGUGCCAAAAAGGAGGCUUACUUCCAACAUAUUUAUCACACAGUGGGGAUCGAGGGAAAUACCAUGAAUUUAGCACAAACAAGAGCUAUAGUAGAGACACGUACCGCAGUUGCCGGGAAAAGUAUCGACGAGCACAAUGAAAUUCUCGGAUUGGAUGCUGCUAUGAAAUAUAUCAAUGCGACCUUGGUCAAUAGAGUAGGUUUGAUUUCCAUAAAAGAUAUAUUGGAGAUUCACAGGCGUGUGUUGGGCCAUGUGGAUCCUGUUGAAGGUGGUCAGUUUCGCAGAACUCAGGUAUAUGUCGGUGGCCAUAUACCUCCAGGUCCAGGUGACAUACAUUACUUGAUGGAGGAGUUUGGGAUGUGGUUAAACAGCGAACAAGCCAUCAGGUUGCAUCCAGUUAAAUACGCAGCUGUCGCACAUUACAAGCUGGUACAUAUACAUCCUUUUGCUGAUGGUAAUGGUAGAACAUCUCGCUUGCUCAUGAACAUGAUUCUCAUGCAAGCCGGAUACCCACCUGUUAUUAUUCAUAAGCAACACCGCCACAAGUAUUACGAGAAUUUGCAGAUAGCAAACGCCGGAGAUGUGAGACCGUUUGUGAGAUUCAUAGCUGAAUGCACGGAACAGACGUUAGACUUGUUCCUGUGGGCGACCAGCGAAUUCUCUCGACAGGUUCCCGCUUUGAGUCAAGAGACUCUUUUUAUGGAGAGGCACAAUACGAUUAUUUUGGAGGAUGAAAGUAAUGAUAUACUCGAAAACGAUUGAAGAACCUGUUUGAUCGAGAUUUGAAGUAUUUUUGAGACCAAAGAGAACAUUUGCCUUACCUAUGUGUCCUGUAUCAUUUUAUUUAUUAAUAUUCACAUUUCUCGAAUGAAAGUUCCGAUACGAAGUAACGAGUUAUGUUGUGACAUAUUUGAAAUCAAAUAGAAUCACUUGAAUUCAAGUUUGAAACCAAGUUUGUGUGAUAUUCAGAUUUUUGUCGCAAAGUUUUAAACAUAUCCGCUCGUUGCUCGUUGAUGUGUGAUUUAUGUGAAUCUGUUAUUACACUAUUUGAAAGCUGCCAAUUACUUUUAACGCAUGAGCCCAUGUAAAUACGAGUCUCUUCCAUUGUGCUGUACAAAAUUAAUUUAUAAUAUUUAUAAGUGUGUAUGUAUGUAUGUAAUGAGUGCAACAAGAAGUAAACGAUGAAGCAUAUA